AAUUGUUUUGGAUACAGGAUACAGAGUGAAGGUUCCGCGGAAGGAUAAAAAGCAACAAAAUGGGAAAUACGGGCCUGGUGGUGCUUCUGCUGCUUUUGUUGUCCACAGGGGUCACAUCCAUCCAGGUGAUUGUUCCGGAGGCAGAGAGGAGUACGACUCUGUUUGCUUCUGUGAUCCUGCGCUGUGACUACUCAACUUGCAACCCACAAGAUGUUCUGGUUACCUGGAGGUAUAAAUCCUUCUGUAAGGACCCCGUGCUGGAGUACUACUCCACAGCUUUUCAGGCUGCUCUGCAGCUGGGUCAGGAUCCAGCCAAUGACUGUCAGGACAGGCAGCGCACAGUUCGCACAGUGAUCCAGAAGAGAGGCAACAACGAACCAAUCCUGGGUGCAGAUUAUCGAAACCGCAAGAUAACCAUCCAAAACAAGGCUGACCUAGUCAUUAAUGAGGUGAUGUGGUGGGAUAACGGCGUGUAUUUCUGCUCUAUUGAUGCUCCCGGUGACACGACGGGUGACUCGGAUCGUGAAGUCAAGCUCAUAGUGUAUCACUGGCUGACAGUUUUGUUCAUCAUCCUUGGCGCCUUGCUGCUGAUCAUAUUGUUUUGCAUAUGCUGCUGUCAGUGCUGUCCGCAGAGGUGCUGCUGCUACGUGCGUUGCCCGUGUUGUCCAAAGACCUGCUGCUGCCCAGAAAAAAUGGUGAUGCAGCACAGGAUGCUGAAAGAAGCUCAGAAGGCAAUGGUUCCUUGGAUGCAUGGUCAGCACAUUUACGCUCCCAUUAACUCCAGUAUCUCCUCUCAGGGAGUCCCCAUGCUGUAUUCAGGCUCGUAUUCAGACCCCUCUGCUAAAGAGAACUUCGGCAUGGCUCCCAUGCAGCUGUCACCGCUGCCCGUUCUGCAGCAGCCUCCUCUUGUACCAACCCAUGGAAACAGCAGUAUGCAGAGCAGCAAACAAGGUACCAAUCAGAUGUUGAACUACUUGGAAAACCAGGUGAUGGGUUUGGAUGUUGGACCCCCACAAGUUGCACCACAUCUUGUCCAAAAUCUGCCACCGUUGCAACCUCAGCCCCAUCCAGUUCAACCACCAAUUCCUUUUGCACCCGGGCCUCCCAGUAUGCUGUCAGCGCUGGAUGAGAUUGGUGUAAGAGGAAUGGACAGGCGAGUAAUCACAUUGCCGCCAAUUAUCCAACAUGCACCCACAGGAGGUGCUGAAGGAGCUCGGAGUGGUCCGAGAAUAUCCAGCCAGUCCAGUGGGAGUACAAACCGCUCCGCAGGGUCUCGCCAUCGCAACAGCCGUGGCUACAGAGAUGACUCUCCUCCUCUGCGGGGGAUCUUGCGUGAUUACAGUGACGAUUUGGAGUGGGACAACAGACGGGGAAGAGGGUCACACAGUGGCUCAAGGAAUGAGCCAGGAGGUUCAGCCAGGAGACGAGUAGAUGAGUCCAGGCCACGAUCUCGUAGUCGUGACAACCUAAUGGGUGAACUGCGGGGCAGAAUGACACGGAGACAAAGAAGUUAUUCACCUCCCGUGCGACACAGAGGGUCCUGGAGCUCAGAUGAAGAGGACAGUUGGAGAGCAAAGGGAGGUAAAGACAGGGGGUGGCCCGAGAAGCCCCCCAGCUACUCCGCCAUUAAUAUUGAACCAGGAGGACACAGCAACAGCCGGAGGAACUACGACCGCUUUUCUGAUAAAAGCUCCCAUAGCAGCACCACCGUCGUGAUCUGAGGCAUUUCUGUGCUUUUCACUUUUGAUGAAUGUUUCCAGAAGGGUGAAAACGAGGACAUGGUCGGUGCCUUGAUCUGUUUAGUCAGAGUACAAUGAAGUUGUAGUUGUGG